CUCAAAACUUUUGAAAUCAACGACAAUUAUGACAAAGUUAAAAGUAAAGGCUUAGCUCUCAAAGCUGCUGUAGUCGCGGAAAGAGAAGAAAGCGAUGACGAUGAAGGUCCGUUGACAGAUGAUAGUGAGCUGAAGAAAGCACUAGCUUUAAUCGCGCGAAACUAUGGGAAGAUGAGUCAAAGGCUGUACAAGAACAAAUUUGCUGGAAAAAAGGGGAACAGUUUCAGCAAGAGUGUGGUGCAGGACAAGAAAAGUAGUAUGCCACUCUCAAAAUCCGAUUCACAACGAGUCGAGAAGGAUCAAUGCAGGGAGUGUCGAGGCUUUGGACACUUCCAUUAUGAGUGUGCUAAUCUUAAGAAGAAGAAUAAGUCACUAAAGGCAACCUGGGAUGAUUCAGAUGAAGAGGGAACAGACGAACCUUCGUUGCACACAAGCAACCUGACAGUUCAUAUCUCAGUCAAGAAGUUCAUGUGUCUCACCACUUCUCAUGCUCCGACCAAUAAGUGGUAUUUGGACAGCGGCUUCUCUAGACACAUGACUGGUGAACCUUCUUACUUGAUGAACAUUCAACCCAGUUCAAAUGGGGAAGUCACAAUUGGUGAUGGAGUGAGCAAUAAGGUUAUUGGAACUGGCUGUUUAAAUUUGGGUGGAAUACCUAAACCAACUGAUGUGUUACUUGUUGAUAAGCUAAAGGCAAAUCUGUUGAGUGUGAGUCAACUUUGUGAUCAAGGCCUUAGUGUCAGUUUCGCUUGUGACAAGUGUUAUGUGAAAGACAGUGAAGGUUCUUGUGUACUUACAGGUUCUCGUUCAACAGAUAACUGUUAUCUUGUUAAUGUUAAUGAAAAAUGCCUUUUCUCAAAUGUGAGCGAACCUGAAAUAUGUCAUCAACGCCUAGGACAUAUUGGAUACUCUCACCUUGUCAAAUUGACCAAUACAGGUGUAGUCAGGGGUGUUCCAAAGAUUGCUAUGAAGGACCAGCCAAUUUGUGAACCUUGUCAACUAGGUAAGCAAACGAGGACAUCCCACUA